AUGUUUCCUACAAGGAGAUAUACUACCUACCUCUUACUUGCGGCAUGUUCCAUUCUACUCAUCACCUACUACCGAGAGCCGCUCGCAUCUUCGGCCGGUAUACGUAUUGGUAGUCAAGUGCCACUAAUCUCCGAGCCCGGGACACCGCCUCCGAAGCCAGUGACAGCAGGAUCCAAGACCCGUUUCCAGUGGAGCUCUGUUCCGACUGUGUAUCCAUUGACUGUUCCGCUCACAACGCUACCUUCUGGGACCCCUCACAAGCUGCCACAGAUACAGUAUGCUUUUCCGCCGGAGAGGGAGGACCAUGCGAUAACGCGCAAAGAGCGGCAAGCCGCUGUCAAAGCAACUUUCGAACGAUGCUGGAAUGCUUACAGACAGCAUGCCUGGACCCACGACGAGCUUACGCCACUGACGGGUAGAAUACGUGAUGGUUUCGCAGGGUGGGGGGCCUCGCUGGUCGACAAUCUUGACACACUGUGGCUGAUGGGGUUGAAAUCCGAGUUUGAGGAGGCCGUUGCUGCUGCGAUCGAUAUUGAUCUGGCAAUUUCAACAUCGGAAGUGAUCAAUGUUUUCGAGACAAACAUUCGACAUCUCGGCGGGUUUCUGGCAGCUUACGACGUCAGUGGCGAACCAAGAACCCUCGAUAAGGCCAUUGAGUUCGGUGAGAUGCUGCUUAAAGCUUUCGAUACACCUAACAGGCUCCCUAAAACAAGAAUGAACCUACGAGAGGCUUUCGGUGGUAGGAUGGAAGCUGACACUCUUGUUCUGGUUGCGGAGAUUGGAUCGUUGACGAUGGAGUUUACUCGACUGUCGCAGUUGACGGGAGAUAUGCGAUGGUAUGAUGCGGUCGCACGUAUUACUCGCCUGUUCGACGCUCAGCAAGAGAAGACUCGUUUGCCUGGAAUGUGGCCGGUGAGCAUUAACGCAAAGACCGCCGAUCUUACCAAUGAUACGCUUUUCACUUUAGGCGCAAUGUCGGACUCGCUUUACGAGUACUUCCCCAAGACUUAUGCCCUGCUCGGUGGGCUGGAGCCUGUCUACAAAAAGCUGUACGAUGGCAGCAUGGCCACUGCGAUAAAGUACAACCUCUGGCGACCAAUGACGCCCGAUAAUGCCGACAUCCUGAUCAGCGGUCAAGUCAAGGCGCUUACAGACGCAUCUUCUGCCCGGCUAGAUCCGCAGGGUCAACAUCUGGUGUGCUUCACUGGCGGGAUGUUCGCCCUAGCCGGCAAGAUGUGGAACGAGCCGGCUCAUGUUGAGAUUGGCAGAAAGCUGACCGAUGGCUGCAUCUGGACUUACAAAGCAUUCCCGUUAGGUAUAAUGCCCGAAAUCUUCCGAAUGGUGCCUUGCGAAUCGCGGCUUGACUGCCACUGGGAUGAAGAACUAUGGCGACAAGAGGUCAAGAUGAUGCACCCUGAGUCGGCCGACAUCGACACUCUUAUCACGAACUUUCGCCUGCCAAAAGGCUUUACCGACAUCCAGGACCGACGCUAUAUUCUCCGACCUGAAGCGAUCGAGUCUGUCUUCAUCAUGUAUCGCAUCACUGGCGAAGAGAAGUACCGGGAAGCCGCGUGGGAUAUGUUCACCGCAAUCAGGGCUGCUACUGAAGGCAGGCUGGCCAACGCAGCCUUGGCGGACGUCACGUAUACUAGUGACGCGCUGCUGAAAGGCACUCCAAGCGGCAAUGCGCAGUAUGACAGCAUGGAGAGCUUCUGGAUGGCCGAGACGCUAAAGUACUUCUACCUCAUAUUUAGCGAGCCAGACCUGAUCAGCCUGGACGAGUGGGUGUUCAACACGGAAGCUCACCCAUUCCGGCGGCCUACACCUGCAUAG